AUGGAGCACCAGGAAGCUGAAUCUCUCGAGGCACUUUUCUCGGUGUUCAACAGUGCCCCUUCUGCUUCUGGAAAGGCUUCUAGCCCAGCAGCAGCAGCAGCAGCAUCAUCAGCGAAAGCCGACCCUGAUGCUGCUGCAGCAGAAGAUGCUGCCGACAAGAGCAACAGCAGCAAACGGUCAAGGGCCCCCUCCCCGCAGCAGCAAACUAAGAAGAAGCGCCGGGGUGCGCAAUCAGAGCGUCAGGCCAAGAGGGAGCCUGCUGCAGGAGCUGCAUCAGCAGCAGCAGCAGAAGAAGAUGAAGAUGCAUUAACAUUGGCAACAAUAGCACCAACAGCAACAGCAACAGCAGCAGCAGCAGCAGCAGGAAGGAGUAAAGGGUUCGAUGAGGGUUUCAUGACUGAUGGUCUUAUUAGUCGUGUUUUAUUAGCAGAUAAGAAUUGUCUUCAUGAGGUUAUUUAUCCAGAGGGGACGCCUACACGAUUUAAGGACUUCCCUCUACAGACUACUAUUCCUUCUGCUGCUGCAGCAGCAGCAGCUGAUGGUGCUGCUGCUGCUGCUGCUAAUGGUGGUGAUGGUGCAAAGGACGGAACGUCAUCAGAUGCUGUAAAGACAGAACCAGGAUCUGAUGCUGCAACUACAGACUCCAAUGGGGCAGCAGCAGGAGCAGAUGCAGCAGCAGGAGCAGAUGCAGCAGCAGGAGGUACAUCUUCCGACCCAUCAAAAGAAUUGUCAUCAUCGUCCUCAUCCGAAUCUGCAUCAGGAACUUCAUCAGAAGCAACAGGAGAAGCAGCAGAAGCAGAAAAAGCAGCAGAAGGAGAAUAUCCUAAGGUUGCUGCACGUCAAUGGAAAUUUGUAUUAGACCAAUUCCAACAAAGGAGUGUACUCUGUCUAGAGGCCGGCGAAAAUGUCUUAGUCGCUGCGCACACCUCAGCAGGAAAAACUGUUGUUGCUGAAUAUGCUAUAGCUAUGGCAUUAAGGGAUAAACAAAGAGUUGUAUAUACAAGUCCUAUUAAAGCAUUAUCAAAUCAGAAGUAUAGGGAUUUAUGUGAUAUAUUUGGAUCAGAGAAUGUUGGCUUAUUAACAGGAGAUGUGUCUGUACAGCCCGAUGCAUCUAUUGUUGUUAUGACCACAGAAAUCCUUAGAAGUAUGCUAUAUAGAGGAUCUGUUCUUAUUAGAGAGGUUCGUUGGGUGGUAUAUGACGAGAUUCAUUACAUGCGUGAUCGUGAGCGUGGUGUAAAAGAGUGCGAGGCUAAUGCCCAAGCUCUUAUAGGUAGACCAGAUAAUAACGGCAGCAGCAGCAGCAGCAGCAGCAACCAAGGGGUCACACUCACUAGCGAAGAAGAAAGAAAACUUAUCGCAGAAAUAUUCAAUAAUGCCGUCAGUACACUCGAUGAGGAAGACAGACAACUGCCACAGAUUAAGUCGAUUUUGCCUCUGCUGCUGAGGGGCAUAGGGAUCCAUCACGGAGGUCUCUUGCCUUUUGUCAGGGAAUUAAUAGAGAUCCUCUUCCAGGAGUCAUUAAUUCGUGUAUUAUUUAGUACAGAGACAUUUAGUAUGGGUGUGAAUAUGCCGGCAAAGACGGUCGUAUUUACGGCGAUAAGAAAAUGGGAUGGAGAAACUUAUCGUCUAAUUAAUGGUGGAGAAUAUAUUCAAAUGGCGGGUAGAGCAGGGAGGAGAGGGCUUGAUGAUAGAGAUGGGGGUGCUGCUGAUGAUCGUUGGCCUGCUGCUGCUGGUUUGGCUGUUGAUGAGGCUGUUGACGAUGCUGCUGACGUCUGUGCUGGGGAUGAUAGUGGUGGUGGUUCUUGUUGUGGUAUAGCAAUAAUAAUGUUUGAUGAACAAGUAGACCCUGAGGAAGCAAAGACAUUAUUUAUGGGGGGUGCUGCUCCUCUUGUCUCGACCUUCCAUCUUGGAUUUAAUAUGCUUCUUAAUUUAUUCAGAAUUGAAGAUGCUGAUCCAGCUUAUAUGAUCUCUAGAAGCUUCGCUAAUUUCCAGCAGCACGGCCGUUCUUUGAAGCUGCAGCACGAGCUGCAGGAGCUGCAGCAGCAGCUGCAGAUGGCACAAGAUAUCCGAUCUUUAGUUACCUUACCCGAAGGGGAGAAGGAACCAGACUUUGAUGUUGAAGAGGCAAUAAGCAGCUUUUAUGGUACAAAACACGAACUGCUGCAGCAAGGACGUUUGCUGCGGUCUAUCGCUAUGCAGCCGCAGCACUUAGCUCGUUUCUUACAACCAGGGAGAUUAUUAUGUCUUGAAGAAGAUGAUGGAACAGAAUGGGGAUGGGCUACUUGUGUUAAAAAGUUGGAGAAGCGUAAGGUACCAUCAACGAAUGCUCAUGAGGGUCCUAUUGAGCAGCUAUUAGUUCAUUGUCUUGUAGUGCCAUUUAGUGUAUCCUGUGUAUCCCGUGUAAGUAAAUGUAAGAUGUCCUUGCCUGCUGGUGGAGAUGUUGAAUCUUCGGAUGCAAGAAGAAGUAUUCUCUUCCAAUUACAAAUGAUUCAACAAAAAUUCAAAGACUGUGGCGGGUUGCCAUUGCUGGACCCUGUCGUAGACAUGAAGGUUGAUCAUCCGCAGCUGGCGGAAUUAGUUCGUCGUAUGGGUGAAUCUGAAUGCGCAUUAAGAGCAAAUCCUUUUAAUGGUCAUCCUCUUUGUUCUUAUUAUUAUUCUGCACAACAUAAACGCAUGCAAAUAAAAACAAGAAUUAGGCAAAUACAAACUGAAUUAGAGACACAAAAAAAAACUGCUAUUAAGGAUUCCCUCCGUUGCAUGCGUCGUGUAUUAUACCGAUUAGGUUUCUUAGAGAGCGGAGAAAAAGGAGACACAAAUAAUAAAGGAGACACAAAAGGAGAAAUGAAUAGUACAGGAGACACAAGAGGCGACGCUAAAUUACUAUUAGGAGGAGGAGGAAUAGGAGGAGGAGGAGGAGGAGGAGGAGGAGGAGGAGGAGGAGGAGGGGGAGAUAUAGUAACAUUAAAAGGACGAAUUGCAUGCGAAGUAUCAACAGCUGAUGAAUUAUUAACCUCUGAAUUAUUAUUUAAUAAUUCAUUAAAAGAUUUAAAUGCAGAAGAAUUAUGUGCUGUACUUAGUUGUCUUGUUUGUCAUGAAAAUCAUCAAGAACCUGAACCUACUAAUCCUAGACUACUUGCAGGAGUACAAAAGGUGCGGGAGGUAGCUCGGUCAAUAGCUCGUGUCUUUGUAGAGUGUGGUUACGUAUGGGGGACCCAAUCAGACUACCAGCAGCAGCAGCAGCAGCAGCAGCAGCAGAUGCAGAUGCAGCAUCAGCAUGAUGAUGAGGGUAUGCAGAAGCAAGAAGAAAAAGAGGUUGAGGCAGUAGAGGCAUACGUGAAUAAUUAUAAGCAUGCACUUGUUACAUUAACAUAUGGAUGGCUAAGAUAA